GCCCAGCCCCAGCGAGUGGCCGCCACCUGCCCGGCCGGCGUCGCCUCCGCACGCCUCACCGCACCCCAACUUGGAUGGAGUUAGGGUCCUGAGCGCCCGCCCCGCAGCCGCCGGUCCGGAGCCCCGCGCCGCCGCCCGCCUUCAUUCCCGGACCCUCGCUCCGCUCCUCUCAGCUCCCGUGAUGGGAAAAGUUGGCGCCGGCAGCGGCUUCCCGGCCCGGCUGAGCGCUGUCUUGGCCGGCACCGGGCUUCUGGUCCUCUUAGCCCCCCGCGUUUGCAGCAGCGGCUCCUGCUGCCCCCUGCAGCACCCGGGCUGGACCCCACGCUGGACCUUGGCCCGAGGGGGCUUUCCUCACCAGGGACCGCCGGGUCGCGCUCCGGCCACGCCUCUGCCCCUUUCGCUUCCCCUGUUUGCAGUGGCCUCCGGGGACCGGGCGCUGUCCCUGGAGCGAGCCGGGGGCACCCGGGCGUCCCUGGCAGCAGCUGCACGCUCAGGCCGAAGGAGACGGAGCAGAGCGGAUCCCGUGAAGACUGAAAGGGGUGAGGGUGCCAGUCGGAGCCCUAGGGGAGUGCUAAGGGACUCAGGGCAGCUGGAGCCCGGGACUCCAGAGCGGGACCCGGACAAAGCCACCCGCUUCCGGAUGGAGGAGCUGAGACUGACCAGCACCACGUUUGCACUGACAGGAGACUCAGCACACAACCAAGCCAUGGUCCACUGGUCUGGCCACAACAGCAGCGUGAUUCUCAUUUUGACAAAGCUCUACGACUAUAACCUGGGGAGCAUCACCGAGAGCUCACUUUGGAGGUCAACCGAUUAUGGGACAACCUAUGAGAAACUGAAUGAUAAAGUGGGGUUGAAGACAAUUUUGAGUUAUCUCUAUGUGUGCCCUACCAACAAGCGUAAGAUUAUGUUACUCACAGACCCGGAGAUCGAGAGCAGUCUAUUGAUCAGCUCAGAUGAAGGGGCAACCUAUCAAAAGUACCGGCUCAACUUUUACAUCCAGAGUUUGCUUUUCCACCCGAAACAAGAAGACUGGAUCCUGGCAUACAGUCAAGACCAAAAGUUAUACAGCUCUGCUGAAUUUGGAAGAAGAUGGCAGCUUAUCCAAGAAGCGGUGGUACCAAAUAGGUUCUACUGGUCUGUGAUGGGGUCGAACAAAGAACCAGACCUAGUGCAUCUUGAGGCCAGAACAGUGGAUGGUCAUUCACAAUACCUAACUUGCCGAAUGCAAAACUGUACAGACACCAAUAGAAAUAAGCCUUUCCCAGGCUACAUUGACCCAGACUCUUUGAUUGUCCAGGAUGAUUAUGUGUUUGUUCAGCUGACAUCCGGAGGAAGACCACAUUACUACGUAUCCUAUCGAAGAAAUGCGUUUGCGCAGAUGAAGCUGCCGAAGUAUGCUUUACCGAAGGACAUGCAUGUCAUUAGCACCGAUGAGAACCAAGUGUUUGCAGCAGUCCAAGAAUGGAACCAAAAUGACACAUACAACCUCUACAUCUCAGACACCCGUGGUGUCUACUUCACCCUGGCCUUGGAGAACGUCCAGAGCAGCAGAGGCCCUGAAGGCAACGUCAUGAUCGACCUCUAUGAGGUAGCAGGGAUAAAGGGAAUGUUCUUGGCUAACAAGAAGAUUGACAACCAAGUGAAGACUUUCAUCACGUACAACAAAGGUAGAGACUGGCGUUUGCUGCAGGCACCAGAUGCUGAUCUCCGGGGAGACCCUGUGCACUGUUUGCUGCCCUAUUGUUCACUCCACCUCCAUCUGAAGGUCUCUGAGAAUCCCUACACAUCAGGGAUCAUCGCCAGCAGAGAUACAGCUCCGAGUAUCAUUGUUGCUUCAGGAAACAUAGGUUCUGAGUUGUUGGACAGUGACAUCAGCAUGUUUGUCUCUUCAGAUGCAGGGAACACUUGGAGGCAGAUCUUUGAAGAAGAGCACAGUGUUUUGUACCUAGAUCAAGGUGGAGUCCUGGUGGCUAUGAAACACACAUCUCUCCCAAUUCGACACCUUUGGUUGAGUUUUGAUGAAGGGAGAUCUUGGAGUAAAUACAGUUUUACAUCCAUUCCACUUUUUGUGGAUGGGGUUCUGGGUGAGCCUGGAGAAGAGACACUAAUCAUGACAGUGUUUGGACACUUCAGUCACCGCUCUGAAUGGCAGCUAGUCAAAGUAGACUACAAGUCCAUUUUCGAUAGACGCUGUGCGGAAGAGGACUACAGACCCUGGCAGUUACACAGUCAGGGGGAAGCAUGCAUCAUGGGAGCCAAAAGGAUAUAUAAGAAGCGAAAAUCUGAGAGGAAGUGUAUGCAAGGAAAAUACGCGGGAGCUAUGGAAUCUGAGCCAUGUGUGUGCACAGAGGCAGAUUUUGACUGUGACUAUGGCUAUGAGAGACACAGCAACGGGCAGUGUCUGCCAGCUUUUUGGUUCAACCCAUCUUCACUAUCAAAGGACUGCAGCUUGGGACAGAGCUACCUCAACAGUACUGGGUAUAGGAAGGUGGUGUCCAAUAACUGCACCGAUGGAGUGAGAGAACAGUAUACAGCAAAGCCGCAGAAGUGUCCAGGCAAGGCCCCUCGUGGGCUCCGGAUCGUCACUUCAGAUGGAAAACUGACCGCAGAACAGGGCCACAAUGUCACUCUCAUGGUACAACUGGAAGAGGGUGAUGUGCAACGGACACUCAUCCAAGUGGAUUUUGGUGAUGGCAUUGCAGUGUCUUACGUCAACCUUAGCUCCAUGGAAGAUGGGAUCAAGCAUGUCUAUCAGAACGUGGGCAUUUUCCGAGUGACCGUGCAGGUGGACAACAGUCUGGGGUCUGACAGCGCCGUCCUGUACUUACAUGUAACUUGUCCCCUGGAGCAUGUGCACCUGUCUCUUCCUUUUGUCACAACAAAGAACAAAGAAGUCAAUGCAACUGCGGUCCUUUGGCCCAGCCAAGUGGGUACCCUCACUUACGUGUGGUGGUAUGGAAACAACACAGAGCCCUUGAUUACCUUGGAGGGAAGCAUUUCAUUCAAGUUCACUUCUGAAGGAAUGAAUACCAUCACAGUACAGGUCUCGGCAGGGAAUGCCAUACUGCAAGACACAAAGACCAUUGCAGUGUAUGAGGAGUUCCGGUCUCUCCGCCUGGCCUUUUCUCCAAACCUUGAUGACUACAACCCUGACAUCCCAGAGUGGAGGAGGGACAUCAGCCGAGUCAUCAAAAAGUCUCUGGUGGAAGCCACAGGUGUUCCCAGCCAGCACAUCUUGGUAGCAGUAUUACCUGGCUUACCCACAGCUGCAGAGCUCUUUGUUUUACCCUAUCAAGAUCCAACUGGAGAAAACAAAAGGUCACCUGAGGAUCUGGAGCAGAUAUCCGAACUAUUAAUCCACAAACUCAACCAAAACUUGGUGCACUUCGAGCUGAAGCCUGGGGUCCAAGUUCUUGUCCAUGCAGCACAUCUAACAGCAGCUCCACUGGUGGACCUUACUCCAACUCACAGUGGAUCCGCCAUGCUGAUGUUGCUCUCGGUGGUGUUUGUGGGGUUGGCCGUGUUCGUCAUCUACAAGUUUAAAAGGAAGAUCCCGGGGAUUAAUGUUUAUGCCCAGAUGCAGAAUGAGAAAGAACAAGAGAUGAUCAGUCCAGUCAGUCACACUGAAAGCAGGCCCAGUAUCCCUCACACUGAACUCAGAAGGACUGGCCAGCUUAUAGAUGAGAAGGUGGAAUCACAGCUCAUAGGAAGUAUUUCCAUAGUUGCUGAGAAUCAAAGCACAAAAGAAAGCCCUACCUAUGUAAAUGUUUGAGUGGAGGACGCCAGUAAACACAACAAAAUAACAUAGAAACAAUCAGAAUUCAAACAAACACUCACUGCAUCGGGACUUUUAAAUUCUUCAGACACAGUCAACAAGGGUUUUUAGCUUUAAGCCUGUGCAUGUGGACAGUAACUUGAGAACACGUUUGGAGGGGCAGUGUACAGGUGCUCUAUUUUAAUGGAAAACACGCUCCUCCCCUUUCUUCUCUUUUUUCUGAUCAAUCAUGUUUGUAGAAUAUUCAUAACAUAUAUAGGCCAAGGAAAUCUGCAUGGAUUUUUUGAAAUACUCUUGGCUCUAGAUUUAAAUAAAGCUCUUUUAGCUCUAUGGGCUGAUGGGUGGAUUAGCCAUCCCAAGCCUUUUCAUAGGACACAAAGACAUGCACAGGAGUUUGAAACCCUGAGCUGUUUCUCUGUUCUAGUUGUCAUUUUUCCCUUCUAAGUUAGAGUUAGUGGCUCUGUGGGUAAGCAGUGACCACAGACUGCUUUCCAUCCAUGGUCUGUAGCCGCAGGAACAAAGAUGCAAGUUAAAGACACAUGUACGCAAGUCCAACAGGUAAACAAGGGAGGUAGGGAAGUGAGGACCUUGGUUUCCUCUUCAACUUUUGUCCUUGCACCUUUCCCUACUCUGCCCCAACUAAUGUAAGAAGUGGAAUUUUCCAGUAGUUUCCCAUCAUCCCACCUCUCCGUUUGCUUACAUCAUAUUCUCAGAAUGUCCUUCAGUUUGUUUUCCUUCGAAUCCCUGUUAUUCUUCAAUGGCUCUCAACUUUUUUUCUCAAAAUAUUUUGCUAUUUGGAUAAUAAACCUGAUAUUAAACUGGCCUUAAUCUGGCCUAGGCCCUGCCAACCCUGAACACUCAGUCCUGUGUCUACAUCUCUGUCAGUUUUGUACACCCCCACGCAUGCCAGUUUCCACAUGCACUGGCCACACUGCAUUCUGCCCAGUGGGCUUCAAUUUUAUCCCCCCAUGCCCACCUCCACCUCCACCUCCACCCUGUCUCCUCCAGAACCUUCCUUUGCCAAAUACUUGUGUCUUUUCCCACCUGGAAACAUGCAGUGUGUGUGUGAGUUGAUAUAUGCAAAGCAAUCUAAACCUGGCCAUGUACUUUUUGGAAAAGAAAGCACUCAGAUGAAAUAGUGGUAUUUGAACAUUUACACACAAACACACACACACACACACACACACACACACACAAAACCCUUUAGUAUGGUCAAAUUCUAGGAGAUUCUUGUGAGAAAUGUUCUGAAUGUGUGACUAUACUCCAGGGUAAUAUCAUCUAUGAUAAUUGCUGUUACCUGAUAUUUCCUCUCUAAAAUAACAAUAUUUGUAAAAUAAAACUUAUUUUUAACCAGAAGGAGAAGCAGAUUAAUGGAUUUAAUGUAUAGGAUGAUUGGGAAACAUGAUGAACUAGGUCUUCUUUUGUAUUUGGAAGAGAUUUUGAUCUUUUAAAACAGUCUCAGUGAUUUCAUGUGUGCUCUCUGAUCUGUGAGUAUCAUGGAAACGCAUAAUAAGUCAGAGCUAGCUGAUUGUAGCAAAGUAAGGCUCAGAAUCCUCAGAUCCUCAAAGCAUAAAGAAAGCAUAAAGUUCCCCUAGGGCAGCCAUGAAAAUGGCUCAGAGAAAGAAACAACCCCUGUCCCCUGCCGAUACCCAGUCGGUGUGUCUGAAGCCCCUUCAUUACCUUGGACUAGACAAUGCCCACUCUCAAGUUGGGAUGAAAGCUGUUCUGAUAAACCACCUGGAGAUUCCAGUCUGUGUCUCCAAGCCAACAACAGGGGGCUGGUGAUCAUCCUAAUGAUCAGGAUGAUCGCUGCCCCAUGUGGCUCAUGCAAGGGAAGAGUAGGGAAGCUGUACUUUUAGAAGUUAGUCAAGCAGAAAGCUGUAUGGUAGAGGAUGCCCCGUGUGAAUUUGGGCAGUAAAUUAUGCCUGGGGAUAUAAUCAGUUGAUUCCCAACCUGCCAGGCUUCCUAUCUCAUAGGAAACAUUCUCAUUGAUUUUCUUCAGUUGGAGUCUUCCAAAUUUAUUCUGGAAGACAAAGGAUUUAGAAACCAAAAGAGGUUCCUUCAAAGGAGACAGGGAAUUCUCAGAGUUGCAGUUCCAUUCAUGCUAAUUAGAAAAUUAUUAUUUUAAAAAGGAAGAACACUCUUGACCUAGCACAGUGCCUUGCCUAGGGUAGCAUUGUGAACAUAAUUUGUCAGUGAAAAAACUGAAUGAAGGCAUGCAGGGAAGACGAACUGUAAGUCUUCAUUUAAAAUAGGGACGAACACGAGGUGCCUGGCCAGUGUACCAGCCUCAGGUUCAGCAUCUCUAGCGUCCUCAUGUGCCUCUCCUCAAAGCUCUCACCCACCUGUAGGUGAUUAGCAAGGCAAGAUACUGCUCAGAGGGGACGCCGUAGUUCCUGCAACCAUGGCCAAUGGCUCUCAAAGUGUAGUACCCAAGACAACAGUGUCAAUGUAGCUUAGACUUGUUUGAAAUGCAGAUUCUGGGCCCAUGCUCUAGGCCUACAGUUCUGGAAAUCAAUAAUGUUGUUUCCUAUCACUGGUUGAGAGUGGACCCAACAAUCUGUUUCAACAAGUCAAUCAGGCUAUUAUAAAAUACAUUAAAGUUUGGGAAUUACCAUGCAAGUUCAUUCAGCUAAAUCCCAAAGAGAAGGUAGUAACCAGAACCUACAAAUGGGAGGGAUGCAAGUGUGUACCUCUCCUAACAGCAGGUGCCCGCACAAUGAGGUGUUUGGUGGGCUUAAGGCCAGAGGAGUGUGGGGAGGGAUACAUGUGGGAGGUAAGAUUCAGGACAAGCUGAAAAUCAGAUACUGCAUUUCUUAAAACCUCAGCAGGCAAACUGUGCUCUACCCUGAACUACCCAACCAAUAUUUUUGUCCCUUGCCCUAUUCCAAAUUGAAUCCACACUCCAAAAUGCAGAGGUUUGCGUUGCUUUUCUUCAGAAGUUCCAUACAGCAACUUUGAGAGCAGUGGGGUACUUGGCAGCUCUUCUCUGUUUUCCAGGAUUCCAACUGAGCGUUGAAACCCCUCAUUUGCCAACUUAUUUUUAUAGGAAG